AUGCACAUCAUCCCCGAAUAUAAUACUACAUCGGAUGAAAUAAGCUACCUGGGGGCUUUGGUCACUGCGUUCGAUGCACUCUUGAUUCUCGAAGGCUGCCGUCGUGGCAUCAUCCCGGAAAUUAAACGUCGUCUUACAUCUCAUCAGCGUGAUAAUAUUGUUCCAUACAUGGUUUAUGCAUGGGAUGAAACUGCUUGCGGUAUGAAACGAUGGACAGAUGGCAAAAAUUGGCUGGCUUCGAGGGUUCAGGGUCCUUUUCUUACCUACCGAGAACUUGACAGUGAAAGAAAUACAAAACCAAUGGGAUUAAUCAAACAAAGUUUUUCCGUUACUACAAAGCAAAAUCAUCGCCUACAUGUCAUUGCAUAUGCUCUCCCAAUGGCAGAGCCUCAUUCAUCUAAUAAAAGCCUCCCCAAUGCACCGCAGCUGCCACUGCCACCGCUGCUGUCGUCCAAUCCUUGCGGCAUUGCAGUGCCUCCGUACGUCAAGGUGCCUUCGCGUGACCCUAUGUUUGCCGGAUUAACCCCAGGACCCGACAUUUAUCCUGAAACCGUACUUCAACUGUCCGGAUCGGGUACGAUGACUCCGGUAAACAUGCAAUUCCAACACCCUCCUUAUGCAUACCAUCUUCCCCAACAACCUCCCAUAAUAUAUCAGCCGCCACCUAUGCGGUGGAUGCCAAUGCACUAUCAGGUAGAAGCCCCCAUUGACCUGCAACUGCUGUCACCAAAUCCGACCGGAUUACGACCAGCAACCUCACAAGCAUAUGUGCAACUGCCAAUGGCUCCGCAUCAUCCUAUGCAUCCUUCAGCGCCUUCAACGCCUCCUCCUCCACCACCUCCUCCCCCUCCGCCUCCUCCUCCGCCGCCAGCAGCAGCACCGCCGCAUUCUUCAUCUACAUCUACAUCUACAUCUACAUCUGUGCCUUCAACUACGCCGCAGUCCCAAUUGAGUAACAUACAUGGACUUCUACAAUAUGGUCCCGGACGUCCAAUGUCCAAUCUUAAUAGACCCGACCAUGACGAAAAUGCGUUGAAAGCUUUGGAUAAAUCUUUCACUAACACUUGA